CUAUCGGUGCAGCAUUAGCUGACCACCUCUCAAAUCCUCCUUCAAUGCCUUUAAACUCAAUUACUUGUUCUUUUUGAGUUCUCUUCUUCCCGGGUUUUCAACUCUUCACGAAAACCAUCCCCGGUUUCCCGAUCGGUUUCCGGUCCGGUCCAUCCAAUGAUCGGCCGAUCAACAUCCAUCUUCAACUAGAUUUCAACAAUUCACCUUAUACGGAUUUCCCACCACUUCACCCGCCAUAAACCACCGUCGUCUGGUUUCUCCGUUUACUGGUCUGAAAGUUAAAAGCUGAAUAUUCUUUCUCACGGAGCCGCUGAAGCUUAAGUUCAUUAGCUUUACCUCAUCUUCCUAAUUCAGCAUAUUUUUCAUUUUUUUCUUUAAAUUUUGCUGCAAAUUCAACGAAUCUGCUGCUAUUAUCUUUUUUUUUCCAACAAUUUUGAAAUGACGUCGGGGACGAGGAUGCCGACAUGGAAAGAGAGAGAUAACAACAAGCGGAGAGAACGGCGGAGGAGAGCAAUUGCCGCGAAGAUCUUCGCCGGGCUUCGGAUGUACGGUAACUAUAAGCUUCCUAAGCACUGCGAUAACAAUGAAGUUCUCAAAGCUCUUUGUAAUGAAGCCGGUUGGACUGUUGAACCCGACGGCACUGCUUAUCGUAAGGGUUGCAAGCCUUUGGAGCGCAUGGAUAUGGUAGGUGGAUGUGCAACAGCGAGCCCCAGUUCAUCCUAUCACCAGAGCCCCUGUGCUUCUUACAACCCAAGCCCCAUGUCAUCAUCCUUUCCGAGCCCUGCCUCGUCUUCGUAUGUGGUUAAUCCCAAUGGUGAUGGGAGUUCUCUUAUCCCAUGGCUCAAAAAUCUCUCAUCUGCAUCCUCGUCAGCGUCGUCUUCCAAGCUUCCUCAUAACUAUAUUCCCAGUGGUUCUAUCAGUGCUCCUGUCACCCCUCCAUUAAGCUCACCAACGGCACGAACCCCACAUACGAAUACCAUUUGGGACGACCGGUCUGGUCCUCCAGGUUGGAGUGCACAACAACUCUCUUUCCUGCCCUCUUCAACUCCACCUAGCCCUGGUCGCCAGAUCAUUCCUGACCCGGAGUGGUUUGCCGGGAUCCGAAUUCCUCGUAGUGGGCCAACUUCUCCCACAUUCAGCCUCGUCUCCUCGAACCCCUUUGACUUCAAGGAGGAAGUUUUAGCCGGCGGAGGAUCUCGGAUGUGGACUCCGGGGCAAAGCCGGACAUGCUCUCCUGCAAUAGCUGCAGGAUUGGAUCAUACAGCCGAUGUUCCCAUGUCUGAAGUCAUUUCAGACGAGUUCGCAUUCGGAAGCAAUGCAACAGGACUCGUAAAACCGUGGGAAGGAGAGAGGAUUCAUGAAGAAUGCGGAUCAGAUGAUCUAGAACUCACUCUUGGCAGUUCGAGAACUAGGUGAGUAUCGGAUAUAGAUAUGUUCAGAGUAUCAUACCUUUAGUUGCUUUUGCCAUAGGAUGAAAUGCCUUGAUGACCAGUUAAUUCCACUGUUUAUCCCAAUGAACACAAAC